AGGAAGCAGUGUGAAUUCCCAGGACCUACCUGGCUUGGGGGAGAGGGUGCCACUAGAGACAGGUGGGGACACUGGAAGCAGCCUUGCUAGGGAGAGAGGAGGUAGCUGAGAUGGGACUUUCUGCUGAUGAGCUGAAGCAUAAGCUGGAGGUCACUGCAGAGGAAGUACUGGGGAGGCUGAGGAGCCGGCAGCUGUUCCAGUCUGAAUGGGACAUCGCUGCCCUUGUGGUCUUUCUCACGUUUGCAGGCACUGUGGUGGUGUUGCUGUUCCUGGUUGUUGUCCACUGCUGCUGCUGCUGCUGCUGCACCUCCCCCAGGCCCCGGAAGGAAAAGCCUAAGGGCAUGGACAAUUUGGCCCUGGAACCUUAAUGCUAGCUUGCCCUUGGCAUGGGCCCUGCUGGAUGACAGUAAAGAGCCAUGUUUGCCAAAGCCUGAGUUUGGAUUGUGUUGUAAUCCUGCUGG